UGUUGAAUAUAUAUCUUCUAGGUUUUUUUGUGGUCAAAAUGAUACUAAUCUUAGUUUUUUCUACAAUAUGCGUGGGAAUUGCCCUGCUUUACGCCAUUCACCCACCAUUUCGAUAUGAAGCUCGAAUGACAACUUUUUAUGUAUAUCUACUCUGCACCAGCAUCGUCGGGCUUCCGGUGUUCAUUUACAAUGGUAGAUGUACCAAGAAUUUGAAGUUGAUUUCCAGAAUGAUGGUUCCGAUUCGCAAAGCUUUGGGUUUGACCAGUGAGCUAAGAAAACUGGAAAACAUGAUUGAAGACGAACCGUGCAUUAUUGUCAGCAACCACCAAAGUUCUAUCGAUGUUUUGGGAAUGGCUGAAUUGUAUCCACCGGAUUCGUCGUUUAUGGGGAAACAUACAUUGUUAUACGCAGGGCCUAUUGGGCUAGCCCUUUGGCUAUGCGGGGGAGUAUUUGUAAAAAGAUCUAACCACAAAUCUUCUCAAGACGUCGUAGAACAUGUGGCUGGAGAAGUAUUGCGACGAAAACUUAAACUAUGGAUAUUUCCUGAGGGUACGCGAUCUCACAAAAAAGGGAUGUUACCAUUCAAAAAAGGUGCAUUUAAUAUAGCAGUCAGUGCUCAAAUUCCGAUUGUGCCAGUCGUCUUCAAAUCAUAUGAGGAUUUUUACAACAAGAAGGAACGCAAGUUCAUUCCAGGAAAAUAUGUGGCUGAGGUUCUUCCGCAUGUGAAAACUGAGGGGAUGACCUUGGACGAUGUCCCAGAACUUAGUGAUAAAAUACGAGAACAAAUGCUAUCCGCUUUUUACCGUCUUUCUGAUGGCGAAAAGAAUAAAAACAACAAUAAUUCAAGUAAAAUUAUACAGUAAUUUGAACAUUUUUGUUUGAUCAUAAUAUGCAAUUAACCACACAAGCUUUUCUUUUACCUGCAUAACAUUAUGUGAUUUUGCUAUUGCUUA